AUGUGUGCUGGUGCGACAGUUUUCACGCCCCUAAAACAGGAGGGCGUGAAGGCCGGCGACCGUGUCGGUGUCGUGGGUAUUGGCGGUCUGGGUCACCUUGCCAUUCAGUUCAUUCGCGCUUUAGACGCAAUCCCUAUUGCCUUCUCUCGCUCAGCUAACAAGGAGCAAGAGGUGCGGGCCCUUGGAGCCGAAGAGUUUUACGAUUUGAGCAAUGAAGAAGACCAGAAGAAGGCUGCCAGCUCAGUAGACUAUCUGGUGUUGACGGCCGAUGCCAAGAACAUGCCGUACAACUUGUACCUGAGCCUGGUGCGCAAGCGCGGCACCUUCAUCAUGGUUGGGCUACCGGACGACGACGUGAAGUUCAGUCCGUUCUUCAUCGUGCCGCGUGCAGUCCGUGUCCGUGGUAGCUGCAUUGGCAGCAUUCAAGACAUCAAGGACAUGCUUGAGUUGGCAUCCAAGAAGAAUGUGCGCCCAAUUAUCCAGAAGUUGCCGAUGUCGAAGGUGAAUGAGGGUCUGGAUAUGGUUCGUGAAGGUCGUGUUCGCUACCGCGUGGUGCUCGAGAACUAA